AACCUCUUCUUUCUAGCUCUUGAAACAGAAGGUGGCUAACAAGUGGAAGAAGAGAUAGUUAGCUACUUGUCGUACCCACUUGCAUUAGGGAGACACCGAAAAGGGAGAAUUAAGGGCUAGCUGGAGCCUAGAGGUCGGAGCUUCUUCUACAUGUGGGAGAGAGAGAGCGCAUCAGCUUGAGCGGGAGGGAAAAUAGGAAGAGGAAACAGAAGCACGGCAGGAAGGUCUCGGCAUUCUGAUCUCAAUCAAAGGGAUAUCAAUCUCACUUUGACACAUUCCAUAUAUAAUUUGCAUCCCCUUGGCAUAAUAUACGUGCAUGUCCACAUCCCAUCAGGACUCCGUUCAUGAACAACUCUGAAACCUCAUCACUUUGACAGACAGGCUUCGAGAUCCUAUCAACAAGUUGUAUGUAAGUUCUUGCUCGACUUAUUCCUAUGUAACUAAAAAUAUUUAGAAAUCCGUUUUCACGCUUUCUAUCAGAGAUUUUUGCGGCCUUCCUUCUCUUUCAAUGAGGACAUGGUGAAGACAUGCAUCUUACAACACCAAAGAUGCCUAGGCUUGACGCUGGAAUUUGAUACUUGGUAUAUUUCUUCAUCGACUAUGACGGGAUUCUCCACUGUACACCACAUUGCAGUAUAAAUAGUGGGACGAGCAUGAACCUUCAUAUGACCAAACUGAUACUUCACCUUUGUUUUUGCCUUGUGCAAUAUCGCACUCUGUGAGCCUUGUCGUGGGUUUGUUUGAUCAAAGUUGCUCUGACUCUUGUCUCUAUUCUGCCAUAAUCCAACUUUCGUGGAGGAUGAUGAUGGUAGAUUACCUUUCCAUCGGAGAAUUCUCACUGCUAUUGGUUUGGAUCAUUUUAGACUUCACUAUACUGAUCAAGUCAUCGACGGAAGUUGGAGAGGUCCGACAACAUUUGACACCGAGGAAACAAAGGGUCUUGGCACGGAUCAUUGUAGCGUGUAACAUCUUAAUCUCCAUCCUUCAUCUGUGUUGUUGUAUCCAUGAAAUUUGGAAGCUGGGGAGGGUCUUUGUAGCAGAUGUUUUCUUAACAAUGUCAUGGGUUCUGGUAACUCUAUAUGCUACGUACUGCAUGAAAACUAGAGUACUAGUGAAUCUCACCUGGCCUUUAGUCCUCCUUUGCUGGUGGGCCUUCUCUGCCUUAAUAAAAUUGAUCUCCAUCUCUGCCUAUUUCUUUGACAUUUGGAAGAAAACACCAUUACCUGAUAUCUUUCCAUCUCCAAACAUUGCGCAGUUCACUUCUUUCCCUCUGUCUGUUUUAAUCUGCUUCAGUGCUCUUUGCACGAGUUAUUUACAGACCAAUGAUCCAGAACUAGAACAGUCUCUAUUAUCAAACCAUGAAGAGUGUGCUGGCACUAGAGAUGGCUUCUCCAGAGCUGGGAUUUGGAGCCGUCUCACAUUUCGAUGGCUGAAUCCAGUUUUUGAGAAGGCACAUCGUGUGCAGAGGCUAGAGCUUUUCCAUGUUCCCGAGGCACCUGAAUCUGAGAGCGCGGAAAGUUCAUUUUCCAUUUUGCAAGAAGCUCGCAAACAGAAGCCAGAACUAGCAGCUUCACUUGUAAAAGCAGUCAUUUAUACGGUUUGGAGGCCUUUGGUGGUGAAUGCAACCCUAGCAGGUCUCAACACAUUUUCUUCCUAUCUGGGACCCUUCCUUAUAACCAACUUUGUGGAAUUUAUAGCUGGGGAGAACUCCGCCCAUGGUAUCUACUACGGCUACAUGUUGGCUUGUUUAUUCUUCUUUGCAAAGACAGUGGAGUCACUGACUCAACGGCAAUGGUACUUUGGUGCACGACAAAUUGGAGUACGAGUUCGAGCAGCCCUCAUGGUAGCCAUUUAUAACAACUCUAUUCUCACUAAGAAUUCAGGCACAAGCACAGGAAAAAUGAUCAACUUCCUUGAUGUGGAUGUUGAACGGAUCGGCGACUUCUUCUGGUACAUACAUGGCAUUUGGUUGCUCCCGCUCCAGGUCUCUUUGGCUCUACUCAUUCUUUACAGAAAUCUUGGUGCAUCAGCCUCAUUCUCAGUGCUAGCAGUGACCAUUCUAGUUAUGUUGAGUAACACACCUCUGGCGCGCAUACAAGAGAAGCUCCAUUCAAGGAUCAUGGAAGCAAAAGACUCGAGAAUCAAAGCUACAGCCGAGACAUUAAAAUGCAUGAAGAUAUUGAAGUUGCAUUCCUGGGAAACAGCCUACCUGAACAAGCUACUCCAGCUAAGAGACGCUGAGAGAAGUUGGAUAAAGAGAUAUUUGUACACAUGUUCUGUUGUUGCCUUCCUGUUCUGGGCAUCUCCAACUCUAAUUUCGGUCGUUGCCUUUGGUAUCUGCGUCAUGGUGAAUACACCACUGAGUGCUGGCACAGUUCUCGCAGCUCUAGCUACAUUCAGAAUCCUACAGGAGCCUAUUUAUAAUCUCCCUGAACUUGUCACGGUUAUUACACAAACAAAAGUCUCAAUCGACAGAAUCCAGAACUUUAUGAAAGAAGAGGAACAGAAGCACUUGUCGCCAAGCAAUGAUGCAGAAACCUUAAACGUUGCAGUGGACAUUGAACCUGGGGAGUACAGCUGGGAGGCUGAUUCUAGGAAAAAACCCACUCUGAAGAUAGAUAAAAAGAUUCAGAUCAUGAAAGGAGGAAAGGUUGCAAUAUGUGGCACUGUUGGAUCGGGUAAGACGAGCUUCCUUGCUAGUGUCUUAGGAGAAAUUGCAAGAACCAGUGGAGGAAGAGUCAAUGUCUCUGGUUCAAGAGCCUAUGUUCCACAAACUGCUUGGAUUCAAACUGGAACAGUUCAAGAGAACAUUUUGUUUGGAAAAGAGAUGGAUAGGAGGUGGUACCAUGAAGUGUUGGAAGCAUGCUCUUUAGAGAGAGAUAUUGAACUCUGGGAUGAUGGGGACCUCACUGUGGUAGGAGAGAGGGGUAUCAAUUUGAGUGGCGGACAGAAGCAAAGGAUUCAACUAGCAAGAGCCAUCUAUAAUAAUUCUGAUAUUUAUUUGUUGGAUGAUCCCUUCAGUGCCGUCGAUGCACACACUGCGGCACACCUAUUCAAGGAAUGUUUCUUGACGUUAUUGUCUUCUAAGACUGUCAUUUAUGUGACACAUCAACUGGAGUUUAUAGUUGCAGCAGAUUUGAUUCUGGUAUUGAAAGAUGGAAAGGUGGUUCAAUCUGGCAGCAAGUAUGAAGAUCUCAUGAAAGAAGCCAGCGGAGAGCUUGCGUGUCUGAUAGCUGCACAUAAUCAGACAUUAACUCAGAUCAGAUCAUGGAAAGAGCACGAUUCAUUGAUAAGCACAAAUGGAAAGGUGAGACACAAGGAGCUCAGAGAUGUAAAACAACAUAAUCAAAAAGGGUGCUCUGAGAUUUUGGAGAGAUCAUAUCAAAGAGACAGGGAAUUUGGAAGGGUGAAAUGGCAUGUAUACCACACCUUUGUGACUUCAGCAUACAAAGGGGCUCUUGUUCCAGUAUUGUUAUUAUUUCAAGUUCUCUUUCAGGGUCUACAGAUUGGUAGCAACUACUGGAUUUCCUGGGCAACUGAAAAGGAAGACCAAGUGAGCAAAGAAAAACUUAUUGGAAUUUUUGUUCUACUAUCAGCCAGCAGCUCAAUGUUUAUACUAGGAAGGGGAGUUUUGCUUGCAACUGUUGCCUUUGAAACAGCACAGAAGCUAUUUCUGGGAAUGAUAACAAGCAUUUUUAGAGCACCAAUGUCAUUUUUUGAUACAACGCCUUCUAGCCGAAUACUUAAUAGGUCUUCAUCAGACCAGACAACUGUUGACACUGAUAUCCCAUACAGACUGGCAGGAUUAGCUUUUGCACUUGUUCAACUUCUAUGCAUCAUCAUUCUCAUGUCUCAAGUUGCAUGGCCAGUGUUCAUCCUCUUCAUUCUCGUUGUCACAAUCUCCAUUUGGUAUCAGAACCACUAUGUAAAUGCUGCUAGAGAGCUUGCUAGAAUGGUAGGAAUUCAGAAGGCUCCUAUUCUCCAUCACUUCUCUGAAUCUUUUGCUGGAGCCGCUACCAUCCGCUGUUUCAAUCAGGAAGAACGCUUCUCUAAAAAGAACCUGAGCUUGAUAGAUGAUUAUUCUCGAGUCACCUUUCACAACUAUGCAACCAUGGAGUGGCUCUCACUUCGAGUCAACUUUCUGUUCAACAUUGUAUUCUUUGCAAUGUUAGCCAUCCUGGUGUCGAUGCCAAGAAAUGCUAUUGAUCCAAGCCUUGCAGGACUUGCUGCAACAUAUGGUUUAAAUCUAAAUGUCCUACAGUCUUGGGUUAUUUGGAAUCUAUGCAAUGUAGAGAACAAGAUGAUCUCUGUAGAGAGAAUUUUACAGUUCUUGGCAAUAGAAAGCGAGGCUCCUCUGGUAAUCGAGGAUUACAGACCCGAACAAGGAUGGCCCACAGCAGGAACAAUUGUACUAGAUAAUCUCCAGAUUCGCUACCACCCUACGCAUCCAACAGUCCUUAAAGGCAUCAGCUGCACUUUCCCAGGAGCGAAGAAAAUUGGGGUUGUGGGCAGGACAGGAAGUGGGAAGUCGACCCUUAUUCAAGCCCUUUUCAGAGUGGUGGAACCAUCAUCAGGAAGGAUAGUGAUUGAUAAUAUUGAUAUUAGUCAAAUUGGUCUACAUGACUUGAGAUCUAGGCUGAGCAUAAUUGCACAAGAGCCAAUACUUUUUCAAGGAACUUUGAGAACAAACUUGGAUCCUUUGCAGCAGCAUCCUGACUCUACGAUCUGGGAGGUACUCUACAAGUGUCAACUUGGAGACAUAGUUAAACAAGAUCAAAGACUGCUUGAUACACCAGUUGUGGAAGAUGGAGGAAAUUUGAGUGUGGGGCAGAGGCAGCUAGUUUGCCUUACAAGAGCAUUGCUAGACAAGAGAAAGAUCCUAGUUCUCGAUGAGGCCACAGCUUCAGUAGAUACUGCAACUGAUAAUUUCAUCCAGAAGACUAUAAGAGAAGAAACCACCAGCUGCACUGUAAUUACAGUUGCACACCGUGUACCCACCAUCAUUGACAGCGAUCUGGUUCUGGUGCUUGAUGAAGGUAAAAUUUUGGAGUUUGAUUCUCCUCAAGAUCUUCUCAAAGAUGAAUCAUCAGCUUUCUCAAAGUUGGUCAUGGAGUUCCUGGGCAGAUCCAACUGUAAUAACGACUUCAAAGAUAGAUCUUUGAUUGAUCCAUGAUAAUAGGAUUAGCCACUCAAUCUAGUGUUAAUCAUCUAACCUUACAUUUGGAAGUA